AUGACAGCCGGGACUGUGGUCAUCACAGGUGGAAUAUUAGCAACUGUCAUUUUACUUUGUAUCAUCGCUGUCCUCUGCUACUGUAGGCUCCAGUACUACUGCUGCAAGAAGGAUGAAUCCGAGGAGGAUGAGGAGGAGCCCGACUUCGCCGUGCACUCCCACAUCCCUCCGCUCCACUGCAACCGCAACGUAGUGCUGACCAAUGGGCCGUCCCUCUACAGCUCCUCACCCUUCAGCAAGAAGGCAACGCCGAGUCGCAGCGGCUGCCCGGGCUGCGGGCAGUAUGAGCCUCCAACCUUCUUCCUGCAGGAGCCCCCUGAGGAGCUGCACAACGGGGGGGACCGGGUCAGCUUCCAGACCGUCAGCCAGGAGGAGCUCGACCUGCCGGUGAGCGUGGGUAACCUGCAGGCUCUCAACCCCAACCGGCUCUCAGCCAUGCGUGAAGCCUUCUCCCGCAGUCGCAGCAUCAGCACCGACGUGUGA